AAGCCCUUUCUUGUCGGCGGGACUCCCGGGGACCGCGGGGCGGGAGGCAUCAGAAGGGAGGAAGAGAGGGAGGGGAAGGAGAGAGGCAGUGUCGCCUUCUCUUUUUUUUGCAUCAGAUUUUUUUUAAUUUGCAAAUUUAUAUUUUGCAAAUAUUUUGGGAGACUGAUUUUUCUCCCCGUGCUCCCCCGUUCUAUUCUGAGGAGUGCGCUGCGCCGCCCAACCCUGUCGCCCCCCGGAGGUGAUCCCUCCCUCCAGCCCGCCCGCCAGCCUGACCUGUGCCUGGCUCGCGGGCCGCAGAUUCGGCCCCGGCGCGCCCCCGGCCGCUCUCGGCGCGAUGAGCAUAGAGACGCUACUGGAGGCGGCCCGCUUCCUGGAAUGGCAAGCGCAGCAACAACAGAGAGCACGUGAGGAGCAGGAGCGGCUUCGCUUGGAGCGGGAGCGGGAGCAGGAACAGAAGAAGGCUAGUAGCCUGGCCAGGCUGGCACAUGCUCUGCCCGUGGAGGAACCUCGCAUCGAGGCACCACCCCUCCCCCUGUCCCCGCCAGCACCCCCACCAGCACCCCCACCCCCACUUGCCACCCCCACACCACUGACUGUCAUUCCUAUUCCUGUAGUGACCAACUCCCCCCAGCCACUGCCCCCACCCCCACCGCUGCCUCCUGCAGCUCAGCCUCUGCCCCUGGUACCUCGUCAGCCAACCCUGGUCAGCACCCCUGGACUCAGCAUUAAGGACCCAGCCCCCCUGCCUACUAGGCCACAGGUGCCCACCCCUGCUCCCCUCUUGCCAGACCCGAAGACCACUGUUGCGCCCACUGGCAGCCCCAAGCCUUUGCAGCCCCUCCCAACACCCAUCCUAACCAUAGCACCACACCCUGGAGUCCAGCCUCAGCUGGCCCCCCAGCAACCACCCCCACCUGCGCUUGGGACCCUGAAGUUGGCACCCGCUGAAGAAGUCAAAUCCAGUGAACAGAAGAAGAGGCCUGGGGGGAUCGGAACCAGAGAAGUCCACAACAAAUUGGAGAAAAACAGGAGGGCCCAUCUGAAGGAAUGCUUUGAGACCCUGAAGCGCAACAUCCCUAACGUGGACGACAAGAAGACCUCGAAUUUGAGCGUGCUGCGAACCGCGCUGCGGUACAUCCAGUCCCUGAAGAGGAAGGAAAAGGAGUAUGAACACGAGAUGGAGCGACUGGCACGGGAAAAGAUUGCCACACAACAGCGACUGGCAGAACUCAAGCACGAGCUGAGCCAGUGGAUGGAUGUGCUGGAGAUUGACCGUGUGCUCCGGCAGACGUGCCAGCCUGAGGACGACCAGGCCUCCACCUCAACAGCCUCCGAGGGAGAGGACAACAUAGACGAGGAUAUGGAGGAGGACCGGGCAGGCCUGGGCCCACCUAAACUGAGCCAUCGUCCCCAACCGGAGCUGCUGAAGUCCACCCUGCCACCCCCCAGCACUGCCCCUGCACCUCUGCCUCCCCACCCGCACCCCCACCCCCAUCCCCACCCAGUGGCCCUGUCUCCUGCUCACCUCCCUGUGCAGCCGCAGCCGCCACAACAGAAGACCCCUUUGCCAACCCCUCCUCCCCCACCGGCCACCCCUGCCCAGACACUGGUACCAGCCCCAGCCCAUCUGGUGGCCACUGCUGGGGGUGGCUCCACAGUCAUUGCCCACACAGCUACCACUCAUGCCUCAGUCAUCCAGACUGUGAACCACGUUCUACAGGGACCGGGCGGCAAGCACAUUGCCCACAUUGCCCCCUCGGCCCCUAGCCCUGCAGUGCAGCUGGCACCUGCCACACCUCCCAUUGGCCACAUCACAGUGCACCCUGCCACCCUCAACCAUGUGGCCCACCUCGGCUCCCAGCUGCCCUUGUACCCACAGCCUGUGGCGGUGAGCCAGCCAGUGGCAGUGAGCCACAUUGCCCACACCCUCUCGCACCAGCAAGUGAAUGGCACAGCCGGACUGGGGCCCCCAGCUACAGUCAUGGCAAAGCCAGCCGUCGGGGCCCAGGUGGUACACCACCCCCAGCUGGUGGGCCAGACAGUGCUCAACCCUGUGACCAUGGUCACCAUGCCCUCCUUUCCAGUCAGCACGCUCAAGCUGGCUUGAGGAUGAGGCCACUCAGGCCCCCGAGUGGGGGCGGGGAGGGGGACAUGUUCCUUACUCUCUCACCCACCAGCUCCACACAUUCCAGCCAGGCCCAGGCCCACCCCACCCAUACACCCCCAGGCCUCUUAGGGGAAGGGGGUACAAAGACUCUGAGCCAAGGAAGGGGGGGUGCCCAGGGAGUUGGGCACAGGGCAGGGAGUUACCCCACUGCACUGGGACUUGAUGACUGAUGUGGACACACUAGUGGAUGUGCCACCCAUCCGGCCUGGUGCCAGCCCCAUUGCCACUCCUGCCUGUCCCCCACGAUCAGCACGAUGUGACAUCGUGUUCCCUGGCUUCUCCCUACCCUGCCCACCUUGUACUGCUGCUGCUAAUUGCUCUCUCUGGUGGGGUGGCUGAGCACCUGGGCCCUCAAAUCCCAGCCUCAGUGUUUUCUUCCCAGGCCUUUGGAGGGGAAAUGGGGAAGCAGAACUGAAGCCACUUGGCCCAGAAGGCUGAGGACAGGUAGUGAGUAUAGGUGACAGACCCUAGGAAGUGGCUAGUCUGGAGUCAGACCCAAAUAGGUGGGUGCCUAGGCCUGGAGCUCUUUGACCUAGUUGGGGGUCACUAUGAUUUCUUACAGUGGAAAUUAUUUAAAAUGAUUUUUUAGCAACAAUAAACAAAACCCAAGCUGUUGCCAAGCUUUUCAACCCUUGCCACUGGCUCUUGGCCUCUGGAGGGCAGGCUGAGGUUGGGGCUGGGGAAGGGGGAGCUUGUCUCUCCUGCCCUCCUCCCCUGUCCCUGCAGCUUUCCAGGCCUGGCCUGGGAGGAGAACUAAUCUGGUCCUCUGUCCCCAUCCUUGGCUUGGCCUUUGAUUUCAGAAGGCAGCCGGGAGGUGCUGUCUACCAUUCACUCCUAGUUCCCUUAUCUUUGCUCUGUGGGGCACUCUCCCAGGGCAUGGGGGAACCUGGGCAUCUGUGGGUCUGGGGCCUCCUCCAGCUUGGAAGACAUGGAUUGGCAGGUGAUCUUGCUUCCAGGCGCUUAGAAAUCUCAGCAUUAAGGCAUCAAAUCCAGGGGUGUGGCCAAAGCCCUGAACCUUUCCCCAAACAGGCCCUGGGGACUUAGAGAUGGUAGCCAGGCCAGAACUGGGGGUUAGUGACUCAGGAGCUGCUGUUUCUGCUCCCUCCUGUUUCUGUCUCUUCUUCCCCCUUUUUCUAGUGUGCAGUUUUGAGGGUCCCCUCCCUUGUGGGUACUGCAGCACACCACCACCUUUCUCUGAGGAAAGGGCCUUAGUUGGGUCAAGAGGAGGACUGAGCCUGGGGCAGGGAAAAGCAAGGGAUUCUGUGCUAGGGGAUGCUAAGUUCCCUGCCUCUUCUGUUUUGGCUUUUCUUUAUGUGGAUAUUUAUUACAAGUGGCCUUGUGUCAGACACACUCAGUUACACGCACACGUGCACAUUCAGCUCCCCACUGGACACUCACCGAUGGCCUUUUGGUUGUGGGGGGAGAGAGGGAUUGAGUGUCCCUAGGUGUGAAGUUUGCGUUGAUGGGGGUUCUGGGCAGGCAGAACCAGGGAGGGAGAGCUCAGGACCCUGGAAGUGCCCUGCCUGCAGGCGCUGAGGCGGCCAGCAAAGGUUUUGAAUAGGUUCUCCCUGGAAAUAACACUUCUUAGAUGCUCUAAGAACCCUUCCAGUUCUCCCCUUGUCCCAGAGCCCUCCCAGGGGACUUUGCUUAUUCUCAUUUGACUCCUGGAGUGGAGAAGGGGGCGGCCUAGGACCAGGUCUCCCCUGGGACCUGUGGGAGGACCUUGGCACUCUCCCAAACUCAGCCCACAGGCUGGCUUCUUCCCUGCCACUGAGGCCACCUCCACACUGACACCCUGGCUCCAGGGGGUCAGCUUUGCUGUUAUUGUGACAGUGGGAAGAGCAGAGGUUGGUGCCUGCACAUUCAGAGCACUUUGGCAACACCCCCACCCAGCCCUGUGUUCACCUCUCCCAACGUCCUGAGGCCAGUUCCAGAGUUCAAACUUGUGUUGGCCAGUUGCCCUCAGGCCCGCACAGAUACCUCAUCAUCUACCCGCCCUUCCCCCACCCCCCAGCAGUGGGGGCCUCCAAAUCUAGUGCCGAAUGACUAUGUCCAGAUUGGUGACAAUGGGUGUUGUUGCUGUUGUUUUGUUGUUUGUGAACGCUGUGAUGCCGUGUGCCCAAGUGGACAGCCACCUUCCAGCCCUUCCUUGGGCAUCUCCCUUCUGAGCUGUUAGGACCACAUCUGUCCUCACCCUGUGGGACCGCCUGGCCCUUCCCUCCCUAGCCCUUCCAGCCUGGGACACACACACACACAUACACACACAUCUUACCUCUCAUGCGUGUUUUAUCUUUUGAUGAUGUUCAGAGUGGCUCACUGGCUGGGAGUCUUUACCUCGGGGAGAGGGGGAGGACGGUUCCUUGGGGGGCCAAAGAAGAGCAGCAAAUGCCUGGAGGGUAGUUGGGUCCCCAUAACCCCUGCUCUCUGGGAACAACUGCUUCUCCCCCCAUCCCAGGGUCCCAACCCCAAACCCCAAAGAGGUGGCCCUUGUUUACAGUGAGGACUCGGUUACUGUGUCUCCGUUUCCUAAAAUAUAAACUGUAGCGACCCCAGACUGUAGAGAUUUUUAUGUGUUUGGAUACAUCUGCUGUGUGGGAAAAAAAAACAAAACAAAACAAAAAAAAACUACAAAAACCCCUAAUUUUGUACAUAUUGUAUUUUUACUAUUGAAUUGUAUUCUAGUGGCUGUUCAUGCUCCAAGACUUUAGGUAUUGAGACAUGAAUACUAUCCAUG